AGUGCUUCGUUUUACACUGGAGGAAAAAAGUUCAUAGCAUUAUUAAUUCCCAAAUAUUUGCCAGGUGUUCAGAGUUUUAGAACGCUUAUUGUCAGAGACUAAACUAAGAAGGCUUUUGAAGGCGCUCAGAUCAGGUGGGAAAGUGAGAAGGGCUGGUAUUGUGUUGCGAGUUUGUCAAGAAGAAACUUCUGGCCUCAGCCUAUUGAUGGGUAUUUAGAACCCUCUGGCAUUAUUGCCAGCUGGCGGCUGAAGGCGAGACAACGGUCGCCCUCUUUUUGAGUUAAAUCACGUGCUUGAUUAAAAGUGAAGGUGGCGGCGGCUGCAGCGCCCUCCCCAUCCGGGAGGCCGGCUUCUUCCCGACGGUGUUCUGGCUACGUCCCGCGCCUUGUCGCGCACGGGAGAGCGCCCGGGGUCGACGCCGGCCCCGGCGGCAGGUGGUCCCAUGUAGCGCAGUGGCGUGGCCGCCUCCUUCUCGCCGGGUCCGGCGCGGAGGCAGCGGCUCAGGUGCCCGCGCGGGGGAGGACCCGGCGACUAGGGGAUCUGGAGCCCGCUGGCGCCGCGCCCGGGAGGACACCCCCGGCGAGGACGAGGCCGCGCCUCCUCCCGGAACUGGCCGGCGCCGCGAGGCGGGAGGAGAGACGGGCGCUGGGCGGCCGCGCCUCGGGGGCCAUGUACGUCCUUCCCACCGGCGGGGACCGCCCGGGGCUCGGGACGGAGGGGGAGUUCCGCGGCGGCUGCGGCGAGGCGAGGCUGGAGCGCCGGGAGGAAGAAGCGGUUCCUGCAGCGCCCCCAGCCUCGCCCCCUCGUGGAGCGGCGGGGCGGCCGCGGGGCUCCCGGGACUCGUGGGACGGCGACGAGGACCCUGAGCCUGGCGAGGCGCUCGGCGGCCGCACGAGCCGCACGGCGUCCCUGGUGAGCGGGCUGCUCACCGAGCUGUACAGCUGCACCGAGGAGGAGGCGGCGGGCGGGGGCCGCGGGCCCGGGGACCGCCGGCGGCGCCGCCGCGACAGCCUGGACAGCUCCACCGAGGCCUCGGGCUCCGACGUGGUCCUGGGCGGCCGCGGCGGCGCCGGCGACUCCCGCGUGCUACAGGAGCUGCAGGAGCGGCCGAGCCAGCGGCACCAGAUGCUGUACCUGAGGCAGAAAGACACUAAUGAACUGAAGACUAUCCUUCGAGAGCUCAAGUACAGAAUUGGUAUCCAGUCAGCCAAGUUACUUCGGCAUCUGAAGCAGAAAGACAGACUUAUGCAUAAAUUGCAGAGGAACUGUGAUAUUGUGACAGCCUGCUUGCAGGCUGUGUCACAGAAGAGAAGAGUUGAUACAAAGUUGAAAUUCACUCUUGAGCCAUCUUUAGGUCAAAAUGGUUUUCAGCAGUGGUAUGAUGCUCUCAAGGCAGUUGCCAGGCUGUCCACAGGAAUACCAAAGGAAUGGAGGAGAAAGGUUUGGUUGACCUUGGCAGAUCAUUAUUUGCACAGUAUAGCCAUUGACUGGGACAAAACCAUGCGCUUCACUUUCAAUGAAAGGAGUAAUCCUGAUGAUGACUCCAUGGGAAUUCAGAUAGUCAAGGACCUUCACCGCACAGGCUGUAGUUCUUACUGUGGCCAAGAGGCUGAGCAGGACAGGGUUGUGUUGAAGCGGGUGCUACUGGCCUAUGCCCGAUGGAACAAAACUGUUGGGUACUGCCAAGGCUUUAACAUCCUGGCUGCACUAAUUCUGGAAGUGAUGGAAGGGAAUGAAGGGGAUGCCCUCAAAAUUAUGAUUUACCUUAUUGAUAAGGUACUUCCCGAAAGCUAUUUUGUCAAUAAUCUCCGGGCAUUGUCUGUGGAUAUGGCUGUCUUCAGAGACCUUUUAAGAAUGAAGCUGCCUGAAUUAUCUCAGCACCUGGAUACUCUUCAGAGAACUGCAAACAAAGAAAGUGGAGGUGGAUAUGAGCCCCCACUUACAAAUGUCUUCACGAUGCAGUGGUUUCUGACUCUCUUUGCCACGUGCCUCCCAAAUCAGACCGUUUUAAAGAUCUGGGAUUCAGUCUUCUUCGAAGGUUCAGAAAUCAUCCUAAGGGUGUCGCUGGCUAUCUGGGCAAAAUUAGGAGAGCAAAUAGAAUGUUGUGAAACAGCAGAUGAAUUCUACAGCACCAUGGGGCGCCUCACCCAGGAGAUGCUAGAGAAUGACCUUCUGCAAAGCCAUGAACUCAUGCAGACUGUUUAUUCCAUGGCUCCGUUCCCUUUCCCACAAUUGGCAGAGUUGAGGGAAAAAUAUACCUACAACAUUACACCAUUCCCAGCCACAGUAAAACCCACCUCAGUUUCUGGACGCCAUAGUAAGGUCAGAGACAGUGAUGAAGAGAAUGACCCAGAUGAUGAGGAUGCUGUUGUUAAUGCAGUGGGAUGUCUUGGACCUUUCAGUGGGUUCUUGGCUCCUGAACUGCAGAAGUACCAAAAACAGAUUAAAGAGCCAAAUGAGGAGCAGAGUCUGAGAUCUAAUAACAUUGCAGAGCUGAGUCCAGGAGCAAUCAAUUCCUGUCGAAGUGAAUACCACGCAGCUUUUAACAGUAUGAUGAUGGAACGCAUGACCACAGAUAUCAAUGCACUGAAGCGGCAGUACUCUCGAAUUAAGAAGAAGCAACAGCAGCAGGUUCAUCAGGUGUACAUCAGGGCAGGCUCUAAAGAAGAAAAAGACUACAGGUUCUUUUUAGGCCCCAAGGACCAGGCAGUUGAUGACAAAGGGCCAGUGACCAGCAUUCUCCCGUCUCAGGUAAACAGUUCUCCAGUUAUAAACCACCUUCUUUUAGGAAAGAAGAUGAAAAUGACUAACAGAGCUGCCAAGAAUGCUGUCAUCCACAUCCCUGGUCACACAGGAGGGAAAAUGUCUCCUGUCCCCUACGAAGACCUUAAGACAAAGCUCAACUCCCCCUGGCGAGCUCACAUCCGAGUCCACAAAAAGAACAUGCCCAGGACCAAGAGUCAUCCGUGCUGUGGGGACACCAUAGGGCUGAUAGAAGAGCAGAACGAGGCCUGCAAGACCAAUGGCCUGGGGGUGGCAGAGGUGUUCCCCUCCGGUUGUACAGCGACAGCUGGAAGAGAAGGCAGCAGCCCUGAGGGCAGCACCGGGAGGACGAUCGAGGGGCAGUCUCCGGAGCCGGUGUUCAGAGAUGCUGACGUGGAUGUGUCUGCCAUUCAGGUGAAGUUGGGAGCCCUGGAACUGAACCACAGGGAUGCUGCAGCUGAAACUGAGCCCAUGGUGCACCUGCCCUGCCAGCGGCACUGCCCAGAGCCACCAAGUGCACCUGAAGAAAACAAAGCCACCAGCAAACCUCCCCAAGGCAACAACUCAAAAACCCCCAUCUUUAGCCCCUUUCCCAGCGUCAAGCCCCUGCGGAAAUCUGCCACUGCCAGGAACUUGGGAUUAUAUGGCCCUACAGAAAGAACCCCGACCGUGCACUUUCCUCAGAUGAGCAGGAGCUUCAGCAAACCCGGCAGUGGAAGCAGUAGCACUAAGAAACGAUGAUGCCUCCCCAAAACUUUGUAUCUGGACUCACCUUUUCACGGUAGUAUAAGGGUUGCAGCUGAAUGGCUCUAUAAGAGUUUUAUUUGUCCAGUGAAAAUGAAUAGGUUCAGAUAUGAGCAACAGCCCAUAAGAAAUGGGAACUGGAAGUUUUAUAAUGGGAGUUAGAACAGGGCUGUUUUCCCAUCCACUUGCUAACUGACGAAGUGGAUUCUUGUGGCAAAAUAAAUAUUGUGGUUUUAUAGUGUGAUGUUUUCCCAAUUUUUCAUUGUGAGCUGUUUAAAAAAGACUGUAUAUCUAGACUGUUAACUCCUCUCGCAUCCUCCUAUUCUGGGGGCCUUCAGGGUCCCUUGUGACAGCAACCCGAAACCUUCCAGUUCUCUGGGUGUUACUAAUACCCAAGCAUGCACAUACCAGCUUGCUAGGACAGACACUGUAAAAAGAAAGUAAGUUUCUUCAUUACAGAAAACUUCCUGAUUUUCCUUUUCAUGUUUUACGGAGGGGAUUGUGUUGUGUGAGUUUUCCCUCAGUACCAGUCUCCAAAUUGUUUUUUUGAUCUUAUGCUAAGUCAAAGGAGAAAGAUCUAGAUAGCCUUUCUUUAACUUUCUAUUUCUACCUGCAAAAUGAAGAAAACCUUUCAUCUGUUGAAAUUUCGGUCGAAGACCCACUUGAAGAUCUUAUGCACAGGACACACAUGGUAUAUGCUUUAAGCAGUUGCUCCGAACAGCUUGCUUAUGCCACUGAGCUUUUCCUGAGGUUUAUUUCCUCCUCUGGAGGAGAGCUUUGAUCCUCAGUGGCAUGGAUGACUUGAUGGGCUCCAUGUGGAGCCUGGCCUGCAUCCCCUACCAUGCAGCUCACUCACCCACCAGCUCUCCACUGCAGACGCACAAGGCCUCUGCUCAGAAGCCAGAACACGGCACCUGCAACUUUGUUACUUGAAUUUUGUGCUUUUUGAUUGGAGUCCUUUGUUGAGUACUUUAUUACUUAAACACUGCCUUUCUCUGGAGAAGUCCCCAGUGCUUUCUAGCUCCCUCUCACUCACUCCUGCCCGUUCUAGCUCUCUCUAACCCUGUGGGUCAGGGAUAGCAUCUCUUGUCUCCACUAUGCAGAUGGGAACUAUGAGCCACACAGAGGUGAAGUAGCACUUCAGUUACUCAAGGUCAGUACUCCCGGUAUUCAAGGUGACUUGGCCACAUUUCCUUCAGUGCAAUAGGCGGGUUUAGUGCUCUUUGUUCACAGAUGCAUUGGCUACAUAGCUUGUAAAAACCAAGACUGGGAAGCCAUUCACUAAACUGCCUCCUGACUUGAAGGACCUGUCUCUAGAUGGUGGAGUCCCAUGCUGGCGUUUUACAAAACCAGCUGUGACUUCCUUACCCUGAAAGGGAGUUCAUUUUAAAAAUGCUUCAGGCCCCUGUCAUUUGGCUGAACAAAAGGCUCACUCCUCAAUCCCCUUCUCCCCACUAUCAUUAGAGGAAUAGACUCAGCCUUCAUCUUUGUCUCUGGAAGACCUUUGGCGAUACUUGCAGAAAUACUGUUGAUGCAGUCAGUAUUAAUUUCAGCUAAUGGAUUGUUAUUGCUGAAAUGAAAACGACAAUUUUAGAUCAGGCUUUUACUAUGAGAGGUACUAAUUUUUAUAAUAAAAUAGAGAAUGGUUGUGUGGGCUUUUUUUGAACAGAAAACACAACAAUGACCUAUACAGUGAGAAAAUCUAUUUUAUCGUCUUCAUGUUAUUUUUAUCCCCAAAGGAAAUGAAAAUAGAAAAUAUGACUAAUAAGUUAUUUCAGUUUUGGUCUUGAAUUCUGUGCCAUCUGAAGUUAGCAUCUAGCUUCUUAAAAAGCAGCCACACCCACAGCCUGUUUUUUGGGAAGGGUGUAGGUGGAGAGAUGGGCUUAUUUUGCAUACCACCCUCAGGGCCCAGAGACCCACUGCAUUUUCCGAAGUUAAGGAAAUGACACCAUUUUCUUCUGUCAGCUAAACUUUACAGAUAAGAAUGAUUCCAUCUCAUAUCCUUUUCUUUGCCCCUUCCCAAAUGAGUCAGAAUAGUCAGGUUCCCUUUGAAGGAUGUCUGACCUGAAUGGAGAAUUGUUCUUUCCUCUCUUGAAUCAGCUUACUAGCUCUCUGAUGGUCUGGGUUCAAGGAGAUGGUUAAUGAGGUAUAUACAAAUCCUUAUACGAAUCCUUGGGAUUGCACCACUGCUGUCCACAAACUCAGUUAUCAACAACACAUGCUGUGUCCCGUGAAUGCUCUCUUCUCACCUGUUUCCAGGGUUGGUCUUCCUGAGAAGGGGAUGGAUGAGAUGACACACAGUUUGGGAUAAGUAUCUGUUGAAUGAAUGAAUAACUGAAAGGAUAAUAGUCCUUUGAGGUAAAAAUGGCCUUGUCAGAAUUUUGAAAAUCCAGCAGAUUCCUGUUAAAGCACUCUGUGUACCAAUAACAUGCAUGCAUUGUACCAAGUAAUCACAAUGUGAAUUGGUCAAUUUAUGAGCCUUGCCUACUUUAGAAAAUAAAGAAACCUGCAGUAGCCUCUACCACACAGCAUGUACAAAGACCAGUAUGGACUUGCUAUCUUCCCUAUGUAUUGGACACUGUAUGCAAACACCAGAAGUACUUAACAAGUAGUGGUUUCUUGAUUUAAUGUCUGUUGCCUCUUAGCAUUUUUGCCGGGAAUCAACUCAUUCUGAUGCCUCUACACCUCAGUUCCUCUUACAGAAGCCUCCAGAUGAUCUAGAUCUAGUUAGUAAUGUCAGCCUAUGGGCUGCAACUGUUUGGGGCAUUGUAUUCCUGUUUGUCUCUUGUUGUUCUGAAGGAUUGUAUUGAUCACAAAGCUAUAUGCAUAAAGAUUCUCAUUGUUGUA